GUCGAUUAAAUUCACGAAAGAAACAACUUAAAAAUAGUCAAGAGUCGAUGAAAAAUAUCUUUGAAUCUCGAGAAAUAAAUACUUGUGUCCAAAAAGAGUUGCUUGAUCAACUAAUUCCAACAUUUGCUCAACUAAAUGAUAAUGACUUCAUUUCUAGGAUGAAAAAUAUCUUCGAAUCUCGAGAAAUAAAUAUUUGUGUUCAAAAAGAGUUGUUUGAUCAACUAAUUCUAACAUUCAAUCAACUAGACGAUGAUGACUUUAAUUCUAAGAUAAGAAAAAUAGUUAAAUCCCGAAAAAUAAAUAUCUAUAUUCAAAGAAAACAUAAUGACAUAUUUAUACGUGUUUCCAAACAAAUUUGUCCUGCUCAAUUUCAACGUGCAGCCAGCAAAUUAUUUAAAUCUAAUAAUAAAGAGUAUAAUGCCAAUUUUGUAAAAUUAGCUGCUGAUAUAAGUAAUAUAGGGCAAACCUCAAUACACGCAACA